UUGAAAGUAGGGAAAAAAUCCGUAGAAAUAUUUGAUAUGUUUGUUUUGUGUUGUGACUGCGUGUACGGUUGUGAGUGGUAGAUAUUGAGCGAUAACAUCUAGGGAAAUUCACCUCUAAACUGUCAAACAUUCGAAAUGUCAAGCGUAAUACACAGUUCUGGAGAAGAGUAUACAGCACAUAGAGUUAUUCUUUAGUGAAAAUUCGGUGGGCGAUGGCAUUUUAACCAUCUAGAGAAAGAAAAAAAGAACGAACAAACCAAAACGAAAAUUUCCAACAAAAAUCCAAGUGAUUCGUAAUCGAAUAUUCAACGAUGAGAAUGUUUAAACGAAAUUUCAAAGGCUUCAUUCGAUAGUAUAAAAGAAUUCUUGCAACAACAACAACAAAAACACUUACUAUGUAAAGACUGAGCAAAAAGAAAAAAAAGAACAAUUUUUUUUUUGGGGUGUGAGACUGUGUGAAAAACGAAAUUAGUCAAAAUGCAUUUUCAAUGCUGGAAAUCGACUCGACGACGAGAAAAGUUUCUAAUUCUAUGGACAUUGUUCUCAAUUCAGUUGCUGUUAAUCGGAUUUGUUUUGUUUGGAAAUAAUUCAAAUAGUCUGUCCGAUGACAUUGAUGAUGACUCAUUGCAAGCAUAUCGAUCGAAUAACCUGCCCAAUCCGAAAAUACAGAGAGUAGUGAAAUUUCUGAAAAAUGACAUAUCGUUGCCAAAUGAAGGCGUUGAAAUGGCAGCAGCUGCUGCCGCUGCCAUCAUCCCAACAGCUGCAUUAGCCAAUAAAAUUGUGCUUCCAUCGCUCGAAACAUUCAAAGAUGCAUACUUUGAAUGUCGCAGUGGUAAACCGGCCAAUUUCACCAGCGAUACGCUAUUUUGCUUCCGAAACAGCAGUGUGAUGCCCGUGUCAGCACAUCUGCGCCAAAUGAGUGAUUCAUUCGACGAGGAUGAGGAUUGUACGUGUAAAUGUCAAGCUGGUUACCACGGCCGUGAUUGUAGCCAGCCCGAAGUUGUGUGGCGUGCAUUUUGGACGGCACAUCUACCGAAAAAAUUCGACGAUGAAAAAGUGAAUUUACUUAAUGAUGAAAGCGAGCCAAAACCGCGACGCAUUUUCUAUCACAUCGAUUCAACGACGCUAAGUCUAACAACGGUCGAAAUUCAAGUGAAAGAAUUACAAGAUUUAGUUGAUUUAUUCAUAUUCUGCGAUGAAAUCCGGAAUGCAACGAACGCUGUGCAUGCUAUAUCACCGAAACAUGAACGCUUCCGUUAUCAUCAGCAGUCCAGCGAGCAUAGUUCGAAUUUCUUUUUGAAAAAACUUAAAGCAAAAAUUCUAAUAGUAGAAACGAGGCAUCGAUGCACACCAAAAGCUACCUACAAAAUGUUUCGCAAUCAACUGAGCGACUUGGUGCAGGGCGACGAAAUCUAUUUGUACAGUUCAUACGAUGAGAUACUGAAUCGUCAAGCCAUUCAGUACAUUAAAUGGAAUAGCAAUUGGUCGCAAUCGCAACCGCUUCGUUUUCGACUCAAAUACACAGUAUACGGUUUCUAUUGGCAGCAUCCCGUGCAAACGGUUCUUAGUAGUGCUGCAUGUCAAUUACACGUACUCGACGAACUCUAUAAGAAAGACCCCACGGCAUUGCUAAAUACGAGCACAACGGGCAUGAUUAUCGGCGAUCUGAAUCAUUAUGGCGGAUGGUUCUGUCAAUAUUGCUACGAAUCGAGCGAGAAUAUCGCACAAAAAGUGCAACGUGAUCGUACGAUGAACGCCAGUUCACCCGUUUUUUCGCCACUUUUUACAAAUCGUUUGGAUAAUGGUGACGUACACCAACAACGACCCCCCAAUCACAUUGAUGCACCACACAUUGAAUCACUGAUAUCAGCUGGAGUCUACGUUGACGGGAAACUUGAACUGAUUCGCUUGCAUCGAUAUUCGGACAAAUAUUAUGCACCGGAUGCACUAACAAAGGAGGCUUGGAAGUAUGAAUCCUUGCUCACGAAUACGUAUGCGCAUUACGACGGCGAUGUCGAUGAAUAGCCAAACUAAAAACAAAAUUUAAUUAACUUAUCUUCCCGAUUUAUUAGGGAAGAAACGAAAAUCGAUUCAACUACUAAUUAUCAUGUAUAAAAUACACAUAUAUAGACACAAUUAUUGAUGUAAUUCAAAUGAAAAAUGACUUAGUUAGUUUUAGCUUUUGAGAGUGAACGAAAUUCAGUUGAAAUUUGGUUGUUUCGUUUGUAAAUUUGUUCCGAAUUUUAUCUGUGAUAGCAUUUAAUGAAUCUCUUCUCCGGUGUAAUGUAAUGCAAACAGUAUUUGUCAACACAAACACUUCCACUGAAAUUGUAUCUAAUUCAUUUUUUUCUCUCGCAAUAUUCAAUUUGUUUGUAGUAGUAAGCUUUGAAACAGGGUUUGUUUUAAUCAAUCAUUUAACUCGACCAUUUGUCAUUAUCAAGCAUUGAACCAAAAUUUUAAUUGGCAUGAUGUAUUAUGGUGUUUCAUCAACAGUAAAUGUAAUAUUCUUGAUUGGAGAAUAUUGUUAGAUAACCUCAGUGCACCAAGAGAGAGUGAGAGAAAAUGGAAAAACCUGGAUGCCACUGCUGGUUCAAUACAAAAAAAGCAACUACAAAGAAAAAGUCUCUAUUUUUGAAAGCAGUUAUCUUCAUUGAGUAUUAUUCAUUUUAUUUUGCUAUGUAUGAAAGUAUGAAUAUGAACGCGCGCAACUGGCCGAUUUAUAAAUAAGCAAUUAACUGAAUAAAGGCAUUACCACAAACAAAAAAAAGAAAUAUUCGAAAUCAAA